GACAAAAAGGUAUUGGUUUUAAGUCAGUCUUCCGGGUUACUGAUUGCCCCGAAGUCCAUUCCAAUGGAUAUCACAUUCGAUUUGACGCUAAAAGCGGGCCAAUUGGUUACAUUCUUCCUGAGUGGGUUGGAGGCAAUUGUUCGGAGGAACGAACCACGGAGGAUUUGGGAGACAAAUCUGUUGAUGAUGAGAAAGGAGAUAAUGGCAGUGGAGCAAGCAGUUCCGGGGAUGAAUUUAGCUUCUGGCCGACUCGCAUAGUUCUACCAUUAAACGAUGAACAUCGACAGAACGAGAAGUCCUCUCUGGCGCCCAGGUUUCACGAUAUCCGUCCCUCACUCUUGCUAUUCUUGCAUCGUUUGCGAGGAAUCUUUAUUCACGACAAGGUACAUAACAGUCGCAGUGAAAUGAUAAGGAAGGACCUGGGAGAUAACAUCAUGGAAAUCAAGCACACCAAAGGCACGGAUCGGUGGCUUGUUAUCAAAAAACAGCUCGAUGCCUCAAAUAUGAAAGAGGAUGUAGAGAUGACUGAGCUGGCGCUAGCUUUCCCUUUGUUUGAUGACUCAGGCAGUACUUCAAGUCAACGGAUUAGGCAUCAGAACCUGCCGCCACAGAAUGUGUUUGCGUAUCUUCCCCUGAGAAGUUAUGGUUUUCGAUUCAUCAUUCAAGGCGACUUUGAGGUUCCUUCGUCUAGAGAGGAUGUCGACAGUGACAAAUCCUGGAACCAGUGGCUAAGGGAAGAGAUUCCACAACUGUUUAUUGACGCUCUUUCGGUGUUCAUGGUUCAUCCAUCCUUUUCCGGCCUUUCCUCGGUGGUUUCAUAUUUCCAAUUUGUACCGCUUGAAGAGGAAAUCCUCGACUUUUUUUCGCCUGUUGCUCGCCAUAUUUUAAAACUUCUUCAAAGCAAGUGUUGUAUACCUGUAAUCGUGUCCAGCAACGAAACUGAGGUACCGACCGAAGUUGAUGAUAGAAAGAGCUACAAUUGGGUUCUCCCCACUGAGGCUAUUUUUUCCGAAGACAGCAUCAUACAGAAGCUCAUAACCCCUGCCCUUUUGAAGGAGCACUUAGGGUUGAGCUACCUUCACCCAGAAAUUGUUCCAGCGCUAAAUCCCACCCUUAGAUCCCGUCUUGGAAUCGAGACUUUGUCCAGCAGGCACUUGAUGGACAUUGGCAGAGCGGAGGUGAAAAAGGCUUCAAAUGAAUCAGAUGAAGCCGCAUCCCAUAGUAAGGACUACAAACUGGAUGUUGUGAGGAUAGGUUGGGUAGCUCGAUGGUUGCAGUGCAUGUAUAGGUGUCUCGAGCAGGAGCGAAAUAGCAGUCAAGAAAUGCUUGAUCGAAUUCGUUCUCUCAAGGUGAUUCCGUUAACAGAUGGCACAUUCGUAAACCUUAAGGAAGACUCUGUUUUCCUACCGUUGUCUUUGCAGAAAAUAUCCGAGGGAGCUAUUCCAAAGGCUAAGAAAGGAUCCAAAUCUCAGGAGCAGACGACAUUCUCGGUGCUCGAGAAAGACCUCUCCACAGUACACCCGUCUUUGUUCUCUUCGCUGGAUGAUAUCGGUCGUUCUCAAGUUGAACAACUGUUGAGAAGUUUAGGAGUCAAAGUUUGGAGCCCUAAGGAGCUCGUCAACAGUCACAUAAUCCCAACUUUCAAGUCAGACAAGUGGAAGUCCAAGUCUAAUGAAGUGUUGAGAAGCUACCUUGUGUACAUUCUGGAAGAGCGCUUGAAAGACCCUUCUGCAUGUGAUAUGGAUGAAUUAAAGUCCUGCGUACAGAUUUUAACGAACAAGGGUGUUUUUAACCCAACAACAACGUCGAUCCAUUUCACGCCCAAAUAUGGAAGCACAAUUGACCUUGCUGGCCGGUUGCCCAGUAUUUCGUGGACUCUUAUUGACGAAUCGUACUUGGACUGUUAUACAGGAUUGAAAGCUUGUUCUACGGAUUGGAAAGAAUUUCUUACCAAGCUCGGUGUCAAACACUUUUUGUCCAUUAAAAGGAAACCAGUAAGGAUACAUCGAGACACAAUGGCUAAAACACCUUGGGCGUCCUACGAAAACAUUUGGCAGACAACCCCUGAUGGCUUUUACAUUAUUAAUGACUGGGCCUGCGAGCAGUUUGAAGAAUUUCUUCGAAAGAUUGACAGCACUGACGCUAAGCAACGAAUCAGUCCUGAGGAGUCAAAGUUCUUGGCUCAGUGCAUAGAUGAACGUUGGGGUGACGAGUACGCACAGUAUGCUGAAGAAUUUGUCCACGUUGAAGAUACAAACGGGCAUAAUCUCAAGGAAACUCGAUCUUCCUUUUACCUGAAUCUCGUCACCAAACCGUGGAUGGCCUCCACCGCUGGAGGGAAGGACUUCCAUCUUCCAAGAGACCUCUUUGUGCGGAGUGAACUUGUUUAUCAGCUACUUGAGAAUCACGUAAACUACGUCGCAGCAGAUUUAAAGAGCUCGUCUUUCAUAGAAACUCUUCGAAUUCGAGAAAACGUAGGCGUGGAUGGGCUGAUAAAUGAGAUGAAGAAGUGGUCAGGUUGCGGCUGUGAAAGGAUGGAUGGAAAUCAACGAAAGGAAUUUACGACUUCUGUUGCGCACAUGAGCAGAGUGUAUUUCUUUCUUCUUGAGAAAAUGAAUCAGAGUGGGGUAGAAAGAAUGAAAAUACACGAGGCAUUUCUAAAGAAUGAGAUGAUAUUUGUUCCACAUCGCCCUCCAAGUCUCCAAUCGGCUGGAUUUUUUUACCUGAAGAAAGACGUUUGCUGGACAGAUCCGACAGAAGUCUCUCGGAAGCUUCUUGAAGAACAAGACAAGAUGACCACAAGGCCCUUAUUGGAAAUGUUCUAUCGAAGCCGAAGUACCCAGGAAAGUCUUUCAGCCUUUUUUGUUGAUCAUAUCGGUGUCGACGCGACACCUAAUGUGGGUGAGUACAUCGAAAUGGCAUCGACUGUUGCCGAAGUUUCUCGUUUUCCUUCUCCUUCAUCUUUGAGGGAUAUGUUGCAAAUCUUUGCCACCUUCGGAAGUAAAUGCGUCGGACGAGACCACAAAAACAGAAUGCGACUUGAUCAACAGAUCGACGCAAAUAUGACUGCCUUUUUGAAACAGUCCUUACAAGACGACCAAAUACGCAUUUUCCCUACAACGGAUAAAUGGGUUGCUCUUUCUGAGAAGCCACUAAUAGCCGAUGAUAAAAGUCUCUUGAAGAUUUUCCAGAAGGAAAAAAGUGUCCACUUUCUUGAGUUUGGAGAUUUCUAUCAACCUCAAAAUCGUCGCUCAUCUAAAAACAAGCCUCAAGAAGACCAUGAAUUAAUGAAGCACUAUGUUUCCUCGUUCUUGAAUAGCUGUGGAGUAGCAACGUUGAGUAAAUGCGUCAAGAAAGAGUUUACUCCAGGCGGCGCAGUGCAAUACCAGUGCGUUCCCUUGCAGAAGCACUUCCACCAACUCAUCCCAUGUGUGCAACGUUUCCUAUACUCCAGGUAUCAAUCGGUGUACAACGAACUAAGCUCUCAAGGAUUUGCACAGAAACUGCCGCAGAUGCAAUUUGCCUCCGUACCAAGUUUGGCAACUGUGUAUUCAUUGUCCACACACCCUGACGUUCACGUUCCCCUUGAAGAAAAAUCCGGCAUACAAGAGGCUGGGGGCAUGUUCUGUUUAUAUGUCGUACAAGAGUAUCAGGAUAAUUUAGAAGUCUUAAAUGCCGAGAUGAUUAAGCUGUUGUUUGGAGGGAAAAAACCGGGUGCUUCAGACCUCAACAACUUUUUGGUUGCUGUGAAAAAUUACAGUGGGAAUGAUCUUGACAGCUACUUGGAGGAUAAGCAGGACUUAGAGCCAUUACCGGAAGACGAAGAACGGUGGAUCGUUCCACCUCCUGAGGUACCCGAAAUUGUAAUGGAUGAUAGUGAAGAGGCUAUGAAUGAAGCAGUUCCUUUUCAUAAGGAAACCGCCACCCCUUCCAGGUCAGGCGACGAUGGUCUUCAUUCCUGGCCACCAAAAUCGUCUGCUCAAUAUGACAAGGCUUGUAAACGUGAAGGGGAUCCCGGUGGUGAACCCAUUCUGAAGAUUUGGCCCUUGCCGGAGCCUCCUGAAACUGUAGAGAAGCCCUUUAGAGAAGAGAAUCAGGACUAUUUGGUUCAGAGACCUACACAACGUGAUAUUAAUACCACAAGAGCGCCAGAGGCCAUGUCGGAAAAUCCCCUGAAGGGAGAGGAUAGGAAACCGGCGCUGGAUUAUCCUGGUGCAGUCGUCCCUAGGCAACAGCGUACUGAAAACGAUGCACAGCAACCACCUGAGGUAAUCGUUGAAGAUGCUUUGGUGAACAACCAGCAGAUAAGUUCUCGCGAAACAGCAAGUGAUUUGUGGCCCAAUGAAAUUGAGAACCGUCAGCACAAUACAAAGAUCGUGGAGCCCCCUCCACCCCAAGUGCCCCUACCUGGGGAGAUGACUUUCGUAACCAUUCCUGGCGAUGUAGCGAGGCAAACGUCUCCCAGCCGCUCCAAUCUCUGGUUUGAUGGAGGUCCUUCUGAAGUUGAAUUCGAAGAUCUACAAUUUAAUGAUAAUCAGAGGAUCUUGGAGCGGAUCCCGCUGUUGGAUAACCCAAACAAAGAAGACAUUGGUCGUUGGGGAGAACAGUGUGUGUUCGAGUUUCUCCAAGAGCAAGCACGAGGCCACUCUCCUGGCUUGGUUGAAAUUGUCUGGAUAAACGAAAACGGGAACACAACUGCGCCGUACGACAUUGAGAUUCGACAACAUAUCUCAGGUGUUAAGGAGAGCGACAAACGCACUGUUGUAACGUUUGUUGAAGUGAAGACCACUUCCUCGGAUCAAAAGGACUCUUUCGAGCUGUCCGUUCCGGAACUUCAAUUCGCUUUGAAGCACCAAGUCGCCUUUCACCUUUAUCGUGUUUUUAAUGCAGGCAAACCUGAUAUUGUUCGAAUUCGCCGUUUGCAAAAUCUUGCCACCCACUUAGAGAAGAAGACCGUAAAACUGUGUAUGGUUAUCUGAAGAUUGUGGGCGGAGUAACAAUACAUCACUAUGAAUGAAAACUUUUGGGUAAUCUAAAAGUUAUUAGGUUGUUAGAAAGUUAAGAUGAUGCAGUUUUAGCGGUAUAUUUCAAAAUCCUUGUAAGAAAAAGGGAAAUGGUCCGAUAAGAUAAUGAGAAUUUAAACAAUGUAGUGAACAAUCAGCUACAGAUUUGCAAUCUUGACGUUUUUACGAAUAGUAUUUAUUUUCGAUUUUUUAAAAUUUUAUUUUCUCUUUAAGUCGGAUCAUAGUUUCAUUUGGUAUUUUAAGUUUUUAACUAUCGUUUAAUUUUGACAUUUUCCUCGUACUGCAUGGUUUAAAGGGGAAUUAUUGGAAACAAUUGAAUUGAUCUUGACUCUAAAUAACUUGCACAAUACUUGAGAUCAAAAAGAGAAAGCCUAUGGUAGCGCAGAAUAAUGGGAAAACCAUCAAACAGAAAAGUGUAGUGAGAAAACAACAAAAAAGACAGCGGAGGUACAUCAGCUGACCUUAAUCCAGUUCUACAUAUGGUGUUCAAUUUUCCAAGUUGCUUAUUUUUCAAAAACAUUUACUGUAAAUUGAAGUCACUCCAAUGUUUUAUCACUGUAAUCUAAAUUUUGAUCGGACUGUACAUUUUAUUUGCGUUUAAUAUUUUAAUGACCCUCAAACAAUUUAUGCUAUACGUUUCCAAAUGUACCCAUUCUUCCACAAGGGACAAGCCUUAUAAAAAAGGAAUCAACAACCCUAAUUUUUUAGACCAGCCUUAAUGCAUUAAUUUAUAGCGUAGUUUCGUCGUCCUUAUAAGGAAGAAUAAAAUGCAGUCUAACUGUUAA